AUGGGCUUUAAACUGAAUGGGCAAUUUAAGGAGGCCCAGAGCGUACGCUGGAGCACGCGCCUUUUUUUCUUCCUCCCGCCAGAAACUCCCUCUCUUUUUUCUGGAGUCCCGCCUCAAGCCCCGGCGGCGCUUCUCAGAAUCCCCCACUUCACUUCUCGUCUGCCGCUCUUCUCACCUUUCUAUCUCCUGGUUUCCCCCAGCGACAGCGACUCAGCGAGGUCCAUUCUCUGGUUAGUUCGGCCGCUGUUUCUGCGAAGGGGGAUCGAAAUUAUAAGAGAUGUUCGUCUGAAGGAUCUGUUUUAUUUUGGAGUAACAAAGGAUCGGACAAAGAUGAGAAAAGAGUUCAUGUGCAAAACUGUUGGCCCUGAUUUUCCGAUCAUAUUGACUACAUAUUGGAUGGCCAUGACAGAUGAACAACGCCUUACUAAUUGCGAGUGGAAAUAUGUUGUUGUGGAUGAGGGCCGUGAGCUCAAGAAAUGGGAAUUUGAAUUAUUGGAUAAGUUAAAGGGCCUGCCGAUGGAUCAUAAGCUCCUUUUGAUAAGGUCACCUUUUCAAAAUAACCUAGCAGAGCUGUGGUCACGAUUGAACUUUGUUAUGCCUCGUAUGUUCUCAUCUCGUGAGGAAUUUGAUUCAUGGUUUGAUUUUCCUGGGAAAGGUGGUGAGGAACAGCAACAUGAAGAGAAAAGGGCCCUUCUUUCAAAGCUCCACGCCAUUCUGCGUCCAUUCCUUCGAAGGCAGAUGGAGGAAGAUAUAGAAAACCGGGUUCCACAAAAAAAAGAUAUCAAAAACCGGGUUCCACAAAAGAAAGAUAUAGAAAACCGAGUUCCACAAAAGAAAGUCGUGACAUGCUACAGGAACCUCUUUCCAUCGGAUAACUUGCUAUCCAGUCAAUACGCCCUGGAAGGUAAUGUUGUAAAGAGGGCACGAACAAAUGCUGCACCCAGACCUACCUCCACACUUGAAGAGUGCAAUAACUCAUUUCAAGCUCCUUCCAAGCCAGCUGUGCUUGUGCAAGUGCCAAAUUCAACUUCCUCAGAAUUAAUCUUCAAGUCACUCAAAGAGAUACCUGAGUUAGCCCGUUCUGAUAUUCUAAGAUACUACAGUGCUCUUGUCCGUGAUGAUCGCCAAUUUGAAUCUCUUAUGGCUCUCCCGAUGGACAUGAGAAAGGAUUGGUUGCUCAUGGAAAUUGGAAACAAAUAAUGCUUGCUCCAUUGCUACAGCAGCAUGAAUGUAUUUACUUGCUUAGAUGUUCGGUGGACCUGUCAAACGUCAACUAAUGCUUCCGAGUAGUUAAUCUCGCUUAUGUUGGAACCAUGUGA